UCCAUCAGCAUCCUUUUGACCUCCCUCCUCGACUCAACGAUGUCUGACGUCGAAUACCUGCGAAGCCUACUCACAGAAUACAUGGACUUCCCAAAGCCAGGCAUCAGCUUCGUAGAUAUUUUCCCCAUUCUGCGCAACCCCUUGGCCUUCGAGACCCUCAUCACGCACUUCGUGCAUCAUAUCCUGUCUCAAACGAUACCGAAGUCCUUGCUGAAGAAGGUGGACGUCGUCGUUGCUCUGGACGCCAGAGGUUUUCUACUGGGACCAACCAUCGCCUUGCGGUUAGGCGCGGCUUUUGUCCCAGUUAGGAAGAAGGGUAAACUUCCGGGACCUUGCGUUUCGGUUUCGUACGAGAAGGAAUACGGCGUUGAUGUAUUUGAAAUGCAAACGGGUGUUAUUCAGCGCGGUCAGAACAUCAUCGUCGUCGAUGACCUCAUUGCAACCGGUGGAUCAGCCAAAGCUGCCGGUCAACUGGUCGAAAUGCAAGGCGGUACAGUUCUGGAGUACUUGUUCAUUGUCGAAAUAGUGAUGGCUCGUGACUGGCAGUACGACAAAGCACCAAUUUAUUCCAUCGUUCAGUGCAGCUAA